AUGGCUUCUCACAAACCGCCAUUAGAAACAAACAAGUAAAUCAAAACUCAUUCCUUCAAUUCAAUUCGUUUGGCAAAAAAAACCAUUUCAAAUGGUAACGUUAGAGAGUUAUAAGGCAAAUGCUCUUUUUUUUCUCAUUUCUGCUUUACUUCUGUUAUUGCUGAGUCACCGAGUUGAUUCUGAGCCAACUCGGGACAAGCAAGCACUCCUUGCUUUUCUUUCCCAAACCCCACACGAGAAUCGCCUCCAAUGGAACGCUUCAGACUCAGCCUGCAACUGGGUCGGCGUAGAAUGCGAUGCCAGUCAAUCAUUUGUCUUCUCUCUCCGGCUACCCGCCGCCGGCCUUGUGGGUCAGAUUCCGGCGAACACGCUCGGCCAAUUGAGUCAGCUCCGAAUCCUCAGUCUCCGCUCCAACCGACUCACCGGUGCUGUUCCCUCUGAUUUCUCCAACCUAACGCUCCUCCGAAGCCUCUACCUCCAGAACAACCAGUUCUCCGGCAAGUUCCCGCCGAGUCUCACCGAGUUAACUCGGUUAACCCGUCUAGAUUUGUCCACCAACAACCUCACUGGUCCAAUCCCAGUUUCUAUCAACAAUCUCAUCCAUUUAACCGGACUUUUCCUGGAAAAUAAUGGGUUUUCCGGCAAUCUUCCGAGCUUAAACUCGGACGAACUAGUCAAUUUCAAUGUUUCAAACAAUCAUCUCAAUGGGUCAAUCCCAACAACGCUAUCGAAAUUCGCACCUUCAUCAUUCACCGGGAACGUUGAUCUCUGUGACGAACCAUUGCUCCCAUGUAACCCAUCUCACCCUUCACUUUCUCCAUCACCAUCAGCUCCAAACCCAUUUCAUAAUAAAUCCAAAAAACUCUCGACAUUAGCUAUAAUCGCUAUAUCUAUCGGUUCCGCAUUGUUUCUACUUCUUCUUUUGAUCAUUCUAAUCCAUUGUAUUAAGAGAAUUCAAAGGACAAAAUCUCCGAAACCUGCGACUGCGAGGCCGUAUUCGACGGCGAGGGCGGUGGUGGAGACAGGGAAUUCUUCAUCAAAAGAGGAUGUUACAGGUGGGUCUGCCGAGGUAGAAAGGAAUAAGUUGGUGUGCUUUAAUGGUGGGUUAUAUAGUUUUGAUUUAGAGGAUCUGUUGAGGGCAUCGGCGGAGGUGUUGGGGAAAGGGAGUCUUGGGACGACGUACAAGGCGGUAUUGGAGGAGGGCACGGCGGUGGUGGUGAAGAGGUUGAAAGAUGUGGUGGCGACUAAGAGAGAGUUUGAGCAGCAAAUGGAGGUUCUGGGGAAGAUUAAGCAUGAGAAUGUGGUGCCUCUCAGAGCUUUUUACUAUUCUAAUGAUGAGAAAUUGUUAGUUUAUGAUUAUAUGCCUGCUGGUAGCUUAUCUGCUCUUCUUCAUGGGAGCAGAGGAUCAGGCCGAACACCAUUAGAGUGGGACACUCGGAUGAGAAUUGCAUUAACCACUGCAACAGGCCUUACACACCUCCAUGUCUCCGGCAAAGUGGUCCAUGGCAACAUCAAGUCCUCCAACAUCCUCCUUCGACAGCGACAAGGCAUUCACGACGCGUGCAUGUCUGAUUUUGGGUUAAACUUACUCUCUAACGCUUCUACAAUGCCCAACCACCGUGUCAUGGGCUACUAUGCUCCAGAGGUGGUGGAAACGCGGAAGGCCACGUUCAAGUCAGAUGUUUACAGCUUUGGGGUGUUACUAUUGGAACUAUUGACAGGAAAGGCACCAAACCAGGCUUCAUUGGGGGACGACGAAGGCGUUGAUUUGCCAAGGUGGGUUCGGUCAGUGGUCCGGGAGGAAUGGACUGCAGAGGUGUUCGAUGUGGAGCUUAUGAGGUACGAUAAUAAUGAGGAAGAGAUGGUUCAGUUGUUGCAAAUUGCCAUGGGGUGUGUAGCCACUGUGCCUGAUCAAAGGCCAGAAAUGCGAGAGGUGUUAAGGAUGAUUGAAGAGAUGAAUAGAGUGGAGACUGAUGAUGGGUUCCGGCAAUCGUCCGAUGUUCCGUCGAACUGAUCGGAAUUCACCAUUCCAAGGAUUUAUUUGAUUUUUUUUUUUUUAUGAUUUUUUGUCAAAUUCUUUAGAAUAUUUUAUUUGCCAGAAUAUAAUAUUAAAUUGCUGCCUCUAGCAGUUGGAUUUUCUUGGUUUUAUUCUGUUAUUUAUUGUUAUUCUGACUUUUUUCACGAG